GUGUCCAGAACGCCCCAGUGGGGCAAGCGGGGGCUCCUGUGGUCUGAAGGCUCCUCCACUUAGCCUAGCAAAGGCGUCCCUCCCGCACAAGACCGCCGCGUCGCCGCUCUUUUCCCAAGUUUAGCGCACACUCGUGACAAAUUUCCAUCCCUUUCUUAUCGCUCGACUCCCAAUUGCGCAUGCUGAAAACUUUUUUCGGGAUUCAACCACCGAAUGGAAUCUGCACGAGUGAUUUAACCGCCUCCGAGAGUCCCGCGACAAAUCCCGCGUUCCAUGUGGAAUCCUAACCCGAAUUGGAUGCGGAUUAUGUUUUUGCUGUGAGGGAAAGAACGACGCGGAGAAAAGUCGCCCCGGCACACUUCGGCAUGUAGCGGGCACCUGUCCUCACCCAUCGGGAAUGGGCCAACACCUGGCCAGGGAGCAUCUCUCCACGCGGUGGUGCGGCUGGCGUCGGCCGAGAGCGAGGGGGGCCGCGUCCUAAGCUUGCCCCCUCCCUCUGACGUUUUCUCUCUAUCCCCCUCUCGCCAUCUUUCAUUGCCACUUUUGAACUUGCCAUGCCCUUCCGCCUGAAGCUGCGGCGCACGCGGCGCUACAACGUCUUGAGCAAGAACUACUUUGUGACGCGCAUUCGCUUGCUGGACAACAACGUGAUCGAUUGCACGCUGUCGGUGGAGAGCACGGGGCAGGAAUGCCUGGAAGCUGUGGCGCAGAGAUUGGAACUACGUGAGACUCCCUACUUUGGCUUAUGGUUCAAUGGGAAGACCCAAGCUCCUGCUCAACGUUGGGUGGAAUUAGAGAAGCCCCUCAAAAAGCAGCUGGACAAGUUCGGCAAUGAGCUCAACGGCAAUGAACUCUUCUUUGGGGUCAUGUUCUACGUGCCGAGCGUGUCCCGAUUGGAGCAGGAAGCCACCAGGUAUCAGUAUUACCUUCAGGUGAAGAAGGAAUUGCUGGACGGACGUCUCCACUGCACGGUGGAGCAGGGAAUCAGACUAGCCGGCCUAGCAGUACAAGCUGAUUUCGGGGACUUCACUCAGUUCACGUCUCAGGACUUCCUCAGGGAGUACGUGCUCUUUCCAGUGAACUGGCCUCAUGGAGACGAGGUGCUGGAGGAGUGGACUCAGAAGGUCGCCGAAGAGCACAAGAGCCACUGUCGAAUGCAGGCGGCUGAAGCGGAGCUUUUGUACAUCAAGGAAAUCGAGAAACUGGACGGCUUCGGGCAGGAAAGUUUCGCGGCAAAGGACAACUACACAAACGACAUUUUCAUCGGCAUGUCUUUCAUCGGCGUCUUUGUCAAACACCGAAACGGCAGAUCUAUCAUGCUUCACAGGUGGAAGGACAUCGGUACUAUCGCGCACAAUAAAUCGGCCAUUACGGUGGAGAUCACCAGUCGGGAUGACACCAUCAUCUUUCACAUGGAGGAUAUGGAAAUGGCCAAGUACAUCGCUCGCCUGUUCACGGCCAGACACAAGUUCUACAAACAGAACAAGAUUUGCGCAGAGCCGACACAUUCCCCCGCACCAAUCAGGAGACGACCUACCUGGACGCAUCGUCUCUCGCUGCCUCGACCGCCGUCCUGCAACUUCCAGACUAUGCAUUCCCAGUACGGAGAACAUUUCCAAGACACAAAGAGCUCUCAAGACAGCAUCUUCCACGACGACCCCUACUACAAAUCGGAGAGCAGCCUCGACCACUGCCAAGUGGAUUUCCCCUUCCGCAACGGCACUUUGCCCAACGGCAGCAUGUACAGCAGCCCUAGCUUGAGCUCCCUCAACCACUCGCAGACGUUCGUGCAGCCCUCGCCCAUGUCGUCCAACCUGAGCAUCCCGGGCAGCGAGCUGAUGCGGCCCGACUACAUCCCCAGCCACCGGCACAGCGCCAUCAUCGCGCCGUCAUACCGGCCCACGCCAGAGUACGACGCCGUCAUGCGGCAGAAGCGCCGCUUGCUGCACCCGCACCACGACCUCCACAGCCAGUCGCUGCGCAGUCUCAAUAUUAGUAACGCGUGCGCUUAUCGUCAGCCCGAGGCACUGGUGUACAGUCAACCGGAAAUGAGGGAACGAGGGCCUUAUCACGGAUUGGGACCGAGCCCUGGACCCUACACGCAGAUCAGCUACAGUAAGCCAGUUUCUCACGGCCCCCACCAAGGAGCACCUGCCAGCAGUAAGGGUCCUUGUCACUCGCCUUGCAUCAACGGAGGCGGCGGAAGCAACAGCGGCGGCGUAGGAAGCUCAAUCUCUCACACGGUGAGCACGCCCGAGCUAGCCAACACCAAACAACAAGGCACCAACUCGGGUAACUACCCCGCCACGGCUCACGUGGUGCGCAACCACGUAUCCCGACCUCCUCCGCCGUAUCCCUCCACGCCCUUCCGGCCCGCCACCAGCACACCGGACCUGGCUAGCCACCGUCUGCGUUGCAUCGGGGGCAGCAGCCCGGAGCUGGUCACCCGCAUGGUGCAGCUGUCCGUCAAGACCUUUCAGCCGGACAGCUCGGCGGUGGUGCACCAGUCCCUGCAGGAGGUCAGCGAGCCGCUCACCACCACCGCCGCCAAGCACCGCUCCACCUUGGGGAAGAGGCACAGCAUGGAGGUGAUCACCAGCAUGAGAGGAGGUGGGAUGGAAGCCAUGGUGAUGAAGGGCAUGAACGCUCCCCUCCAUCGGAGGAAUACUCUCCGAGAGCACGUUUUGCCUCCGCAACCGCACCCACCGCCGCCUCAGCCAUCCAAAGAAUUGCCUAUCCCGUUGCCUCCUCAAAAGGAGCCCGGACCGGCGCCCGCCGUAGCGUACCAGCACCAGAAGACCCUCUCCAACGCCACCAUGCUGAUCCACAGCAGUGAAAGCGAGGAAGAAGAGGAGGAAGAAGAAGAAGAAAGACCAGAGCUGGAUGUUCAAAUCCCAGGUCUCAACGAGGACAUUAGCAUUAGCGCUCAGUUGCAGGCCGCUUUAGCCAAACUGCCCAACAAGCCUCCACCGGAAUACCCUGGCCCACCUAGGCCUCCCAGUAACAUCUCACUCCACAACCACACACAUCACCACAAUCACAAUCCAACACCGCACCCCACCCUCGUCGCGGCCGACUCCGGCGCAGUCCGCGUUCAGACUCCCGAGGACGGUGAACCCGGGAGCGGCAAUAGCGGGACUCUGACGCGAGGGGACCAGGGUCAAGUCAACGGCAACGUUUUGGGGCCGUCCAUUUCGGAACCGGAUCUGACCAGCGUGAAGGAGAGGGUGAGGAAGGAGCCGGUGAAGGAGAGGCCCGUUUCUGAGAUGUUCUCUUUGGAGGACAGCAUCGUGGAGAGGGAGAUCGCGCAGAGGACUUUGGAGAGACAGAAGAUGUCGGUGGACUCCAUGAAGAGGCCGCUGAUGAUGGCCGCCCUCAACGGCCUUUACGUGGCCCGCAUGCCCGUCCCCGAGUGUCCGGCGGAGGACGGCGCUAAGGCCGCCACUGACGAGCGGUGUAAGAUGUUGGAGCUGAAACUUGAGGAGGAGCGCGUCUUCACCGAGUACGAGCAAGUCCCCAAAAAGCGUGCGGACGGCGCCCUGACCACGGCCGCGCUCCCCGAGAACGCCGAGCGCAACCGCUUCCGCGACGUGGUCCCUUACGAGGAGAACCGAGUGGAGCUCGUGCCCAACAAGGAGAACAACACCGGAUACAUCAACGCGUCCCAUAUCAAGGUUACCAUCCGAGGGGAAGAGUGGCACUACAUCGCCACUCAAGGCCCGCUAGCUAACACCUGCGCCGAUUUCUGGCAAAUGGUGUGGGAACAAGGCGUCAACGUCAUUGCCAUGGUUACGGCUGAAGAGGAGGGCGGACGACCCAAGAGUCACCGCUACUGGCCCAAACUGGGCUCCAAGCACAACUCGGCCACGCACGGAAAGUUCAAAGUCACCACCAAAUUCCGCACAGAUUCGGGCUGCUAUGCCACCACAGGCCUGAAAGUCAAACACCUGCUAUCGGGCCAGGAGAGAACCGUGUGGCACCUCCAGUACACGGACUGGCCAGAGCAGGGCUGCCCCGAAUACGUUCAGGGCUUCCUCUCUUACCUGGAGGAGAUCCAGUCAGUGAGGAGGCACACCAACUCCAUGCUGGACACCUCCAAGAGCCUCAACCCACCCGUUGUGGUGCACUGCAGUGCAGGCGUAGGCCGGACUGGCGUGGUCAUUCUCACAGAGUUGAUGAUCAGCUGCCUGGAGCACAACGAGCCCGUGGAGAUCCCCACCAUGCUGUCAGGUCUGAGGCAACAAAGGAUGCUGAUGGUCCAAACCAUCUCGCAGUACAAGUUCGUCUACCAGGUUCUCAUCCAGUUCCUCAAGAACUCUCGCCUCAUUUGAAAGCACCACGUUUUAUUUGGUUCACUUAUAUAUUUUUUAAAUGUAUUUUUAAACAGCAAAAGCUUUAACAGCACUAUUAAAUAUUAUAUAUAGCUACUCAGAAGGUGGCCUUAAUACUUUCUAAAAUAAGAAUUUGGCACUAAAACGACCUUUGUGAAGUUGGCACCCCAUCAGAUCCAAAUUUAUAUCAAAAUUAUGUCAAUUGUUUCGUCAAAAGUUUUGUUUGGCUGCUAUCGUUUUAUAAAUAUUGAGAUAUUGAUUUCAAGGGAUGACGCAUUUACUGCAAAAUGGGCCCAAAGUGGUGCUGUUCGUUUGUGCUACGUUUGUGCUUGAAGGGAAAUAUGUUUGCUAACCUGCUAAACAUCUGUCCUUGAAGUCGAUUCCAGUGUUGAUAAUCUUACUUCUUAAAAUUAAUUACAUGAUACAUUCUAUGACAUCUUUCACAAAAAAAAUGUUUAUAUUAACUGAUAGAAUUUUAAAAAGUCACCUAUAUAGCAGUGUAAUGGUAGCUUAUACAAACUUUACUGAACCGUGACUUGUGUGUAUCGUCACACCCCUAAUAUACAAUAGUUGUUUUUUUCAAUAUGCAGAUGAGGCUCUGAAUCUCCUGCCUCUCCUAUCUUUACUCUAGUGGUGUUGAUAAAAGGUUCAUGGAUAUGUCAUUCAAGAAAUGUUUAGGGCAAGGGACUAUUUUUGGUAAUUAAAAAAAUAUAUAUAUAUAUAUGUGUAUAUAUAUAUAUAUAUAUAUGUUAUAUUGUAGCAUCUACAACCGGGGUGUCCAAACUUUUUGCAAAGGGGGCCAGAUUUGGUGUGGUAAAAAUGUUGGGGGCCGACCUUGGCUAAAGUCUUUUACGUAGAACAAUAUAUUUAAGGCGGAAAACACAGACGAGACUGAAAAAGCAGUUUCUGCUCUUGCGCUCCUGUUUAAAAGAAACUGCUGUAUAGAACAAUAUGUCUAUAUGCUGCCAUAGCAGAUUCACAGCGCAUUAAGCCCCUGAACUAUUUUUAAUUUGUCAGUUUUACCCUGAAAACACCCGUUUACGACGUCGCGCAACCGCUUUUGUUUCAACCCAGCCAUAAAACGAAGUUAAUUAAUUAUAUUUAUUAUUCAAAAUUUCUGUCGUUUUUAGCUUUGAAUCAUUAAUUGAUGUCUGAUAUUUUGUUUAAAAAAAAAUUAAAAAAAACGACAAAAAAUUAUUCACUCACAUAUUUUAAACUUUUAAACAAAUUAUGUCAGAAUGAAAAAAAUGGCGUCUGUAAAAAAGCCAUGGAUAUCUACCUCAUAACUAUUGCUUAAUUGUAAUUUUUUUGGUUACUGUCGCAUUUUCUCCGAUAUGUUAGAUGAUAAAUAAUCGAUCCAAACAAAAAAAAAAAAAAGUUUAAAAGGGUAAAUAUAUGAAAAAGAAAAUCUCGACCACUCCUUUAUGUCUGCAAUUUCUGUAUCGCGACCCUUGUUAUAUUACCAUGUUUCACCUAUAAAAUCCCCCAAAAAUCUAGCUGUGGCCAUUCACAGCUGUGUCUUGACACUUGAUACAUGCUACGUGGAGUUUUUGGAUUGAAACAAGGUAAAUACGCGAUAAUAUCUCGUUUAAGUCAUGCCGUCUUUAAUUCUGCUCUCGGGUGCUCUCACCUAAAGUUAUGGCUUUGCUGUUUGAGCAAAAAAAAAACAUUUCUAAAGUGCCCUCCUGUUCAAAAAUUUUCUUCCCCCAGAAAACUGAGAAUUUAAGCUUUCCAAUGUAUCACACAUGCAUAUCGGACAAUUUUGAAAGUUGGCUAAAUAGGGGGUCCCAGAGCGGAACUUCAAGUCACCUGAGUGUUUUCCGCCUUAAGCAAAUUUUAGCAAGCCAUUCUGUGUGACAUUUGCUUAAUUAAAAAAAAAAAAAAAAAAAAAUCAACUAGCCUUUGUGGCUUUCUCUUGCGAAAUACUGCUGCUGUGAAAUUAAACUAACUUCAAGUUGCUUCAAUUUCUCGCUGCGUUUCCCUUUUGUCGUACAUGUCAGCGUGUCUUGUUUGGUAAUAUUGCUUCACAUUGAACUCUUUAAAAACAGCGACUGUAUCUUUGCAAACGAGGCAGAUGCAGUUGUAGGGUAUUUUAGUGAAGAAAUAGUCCAAUUUCCACCUAUCCUUGACGCGUCGGCCAAUGCAGUCAACUUUCUUUUUUUUUUGUUGAUCAUCGCCAUUUUAGAAAAUUGGAAGUAAAGGGUAAUGUUGCUUAGUGCUGCUGCCUUUUAGUGGGUAAAUGAGGAACAACAUUUAGUGUGUAAGCUAAUUCAUAUGCUGGUAGCAGUGCUGCUGACCAAUUUAUUAAGUCUGUGUGUGGGCCAGACGUUAUUGAAUUUAUGACAGAGACUGGGGGCUGGAUGAAAUUUGACCACGGGCCACAUUUGGCCCCCAGGCCGGACUUUGGACAUGUCUGAUCUACAAGGACAAAGCCAACUUGGUGAUGAUAAUGCACACUCAAAAGGAAAACAGUACAUUUUAAAUUAAUUGUACUCACCUGGACGCCACGCACUGUAUGUUAAAAAAAAAAAUAGGUCAAGAGUUUAAGAUAAUGCUUUCCACUUAGCCAAUCAUCAUCGCAUUUGCAAUGACGUCAGCACACCCUUGUUGCUGUGCAAAAAAAGGAAAAAAAAUAUAUUUGAAAUAUUUAAUAUGUAGUUUUUUAAGUAUAUAUCGAGUAAAAACAUAAUAUUUAAUCCGACAAUGAUUAAAUAAUGAAUGAAUGAAACACGAAAGAAAUAAAAAAAGAAAUAUGUGAAUGUAAAGUAAGAUAAAUUAAGGGUCAUUCAGGGGCCCCUUUGCCUUGAGGCCCGGGACAACAUACCCCGUUGCCCCCCCCUUGUUGACAGGCUUGUAUAUAAUACUAAUGUUUACCAGAUAGUUUCUGGUGCGCACCAGAUUGCUUAAAUUGAUUAUAUUUUCUGUCCCUCAUUUUACAUCAUUUUUAUAGAAAUUUGUGUCUGAUAGGGGGACUUCACAGAGGUGCUAAAAUGCCACACGAUUGCUGAAAAUCAAUCCUAAUAGAAAAGUUGUGGUUUGCCGCCAUCUUGUGGCUAAAACGUGAAAUAAAUAAUCACGUUUUAGUUCCAAUUACGGCGAAAACGUCCAAUCCAUUUGAACCGAAAUCUUUCAAACUCAUUCAAAUUGGACGUCUAUCGUCGUCAAUAAUUGCCAAUAUGUUGAUUUGAACUUCUUUUAUAUUUAUUUAUCCAGCCCAACGUUUCAGCUUGUCCUCAAAACUCCCAGAAAGCACUGCACUUCCCUUUUAAAUGUAUAUUUUGUUGCUACUUUCGCGCAAAAAAUGGGCAAAUUUGUUUUUCAGCUCUCCUUCAUGACAACAUGAAAUUUAAAAAAAAGAAAGAAAAAUUCCCCAAAUGUAUUAAAGUCCCUCUCAUAACAAAACACGGGGAAAAAUGUGUUUAUACUUUUCAUGUGAUGUUUUUACGAUGCAAUAUUUGGCUUUUUCUUGCAGUUUUCUCGCAGGUUUCAUUAGCAUUUUCGGUGAGUACAUUUCAACAUUUGCGAUAAAUUGUGCCUUAACGGAGCUCGUCUUACCUAUCUUAGCUAAAAUCAGUCAGUAUUUAUCCUUUCUGUUUAUAAUUUUUUUUUUUGUACAGACACAGUGUUGUGUGAAAACAAACUUUGACUUGGUACUAUCAAAACUACCGCAACUUGUUCAACUAUGCAUGUUUUUUUUUAAACAAAUAUAUAUUUGAAUGUAUAUACAAGCAUAUAAAUGUAUCUAUUCUCUUAAAUAUAAACUUCCUGCUCCCUUCAAAAGUGUUUUAUUGCACUCGUUUGUCACGCGGCAUUCCACUGUUUGUUUAUAUUUAAUCUAUUCUUUCUUCUUUCUCGGUGUGUACAUAUGUUUUGUAUAUGUUUUCACUGCUUUCUCCCCUUUGACUUGUACUUGCUCGUAAUGCAAUAAAGCCUUAUUUUCUCUA